AUGGCACCAGUGAUCGGGGCCAACCCAUCCUUCAGCGCAGCUGUGAAGCUGGCUGACUUGGACGACUAUUUGGCACCUGCUCAGAAUUGCGUAGUCCCGCUUCUGACAGAGAAACCUCAACAUGAUCAAGCGUCAACCACGCCGGUUAGCGGCCGCGCUGGAAGAAAUGGACCCGCAGGACUCGGUCGAACCGCGAUACAGCCUGUUGACUCUGUCCACAGAGACGAAUUCAACCAGGGACCACGUGUCAAUGACACGCGGGAACAUCAGCGGGCAAAUCUUAUUCGAUUGGCAAGGCCCAGCCGGGCAACUGCAAGCGUUGGUGCCGACCAUGGUACGCUAGCCGGGGGGAACAGGAACAGAGAGGGCGUUGCCAAUGCACGCGUGGAAACUGGGAACAAUGCGCCGUACCAUAGCUCGGCACAAAUGAAGGAAAAUGCAGUGGACGGGGGGAUUGACAAUGGCCUGGAGCCUUCCACAGCUGUGGCCAAAGUUUCACUCUAUGACUGCUUGGCCUGCAGCGGAUGUGUUACAUCAGCAGAAGCAGUAUUGUUGGACCAUCACUCUGUAGACCAGUUUCUGCAGUCGGUCCGGAACUCUUCCGCCAGGUCAGUUACCGUGGUGUCAGUGUCUUUCCAGUCAAUAAUCGCCCUCGCUCAUGAGUUCAGAUCCUCUCCAGGCAAGACGUUGCGGAGGCUUUCCACGCUAUUUCGACUAGCCGGAGCAACAUACGUUCUGCAUACCCAAGUCAGCGAUGCAGUUGCCGUUUUAGAAGCCGAGCGCGAGUUUGUUCGACGGUACAGGGAAGCAGCUGGACGAGCAGCAAGGGAAACAGCCCGUCUUAAAACAACAGAUGAGGGCAGCAGGGAGCAGCAAGGCAACCUUUCUUCAGCACCCAGGACGGGCCAUUCGAUUGACGAGACAACCCUCCCGCGUGUUCCUGGCAAUGGCUUGUUGCCUGUACUCACAUCGUUCUGUCCAGGGCUCGUGUGCUACGCGGAGAAAAGUCUCCACCCUUCAUUGCUCCCGUAUUUUAGCCGCGUCCGCAGCAGCCAGCAGGUCCAAGGGGUUCUGGUGAAAGGCCUUCUGCGUGAAUCUCACAACGCCCGCUCUUUCUUCUUCCGCUGGCGGGUUGCCAAUCCACUGACAAACUGGUUUGUUUCAACGAUGAUGAAAUGUACAUUGUCUCGGUACUGUCACCUCACUGCGGCUUCAGACGGACCCGUGUACCAGUCGCCAGCCUUCAACAGCCUAGUCAUGACGGAGAAUGGCGAUACGCACUCAGCGGACGGCGACGUGUCCAGAUUUAGAGUUCAAGGAGACUCCGGCGCUCCUGCCAACGUUGAAUGGCGGAGGUGGAGUGAGGAACUGACACCAAAGGACAUAUUUCAUGUCUGUGUAAUGCCUUGUUUCGACAAAAAGUUGGAAGCGGCCCGACCAGAGUUUCGGACUCACGUGGCCUCGGCAUCCGAUGGCCGCGUGUCAACUUCAGCAGUGUCAAGACACGUACCACUCUCUGGUUCCUCGGACGAAGCUGUUGCAUCGCCGCGCAGGACUAGUCAGUCCGAUGGUGGCGUUCCGGACGUGGACCUGGUGCUCGCUACCAAUGAGGUGUUGACACUCAUGCAGCGGCUGAACCUCACGUUCGAUGAACUCGACGAGUCGCCGGUAGAUGAGUUCUGUGAUGAUUUCUCCCGGCUCGCCUGUCAAAUAAGCCUCUCAUUGGGGUCAUCCGUAGCGGAUCAUCCCCUGGUCAGUGACGCGACUUGUUCUCUGACGCAAGGUGCUGCGCCAGAAGAUUCUACUCUGCAGAUGACCCGACGCCCCAGUGACCAGGAGAAAUCCACGACGUCCUCUGUCAACCUUGAUCCAGAAAGUAGACGGAUGGAUGCCGAACUAAUCCGCCCUUCGGAGUUCCUUUCGGGUAGCGGAGGCUAUACGGAUCGCGUGUUCCGGCGAGCUGCAUGGGAGCUAUUUGGCGUCCGUGUCGAGGGCCCCCUACAGUUUACUCAUGGGCGAAAUGAGGACUAUAAAGAAGUCGCUCUGGUCGUUGAUGGGGAAGAAAAGUUGCGUUUUGCCAUUGCAUACGGAUUUAGAAACAUCCGAAAUGUCGUCCAGAGGCUCAAACGAGAGGUCGGUGAAGAAACAUCAGGGCACAACAGCCGUGACCGCGUCCGUUCGACACUGUGGGAUCCCUCAAACCUCGAAAGUACUGCCCCUCCACACGAUGAUAUUCUAAUAGAUGGUACAGCUCCAAAUCUAACCGGUAUGUCCCGCGGAAGGAGCAAGCGUACGCAGAGGCCGUUUCCCCAUUUCAUCGAGCUUGCAGCGUGCCCGGGGGGGUGCCUUAAUGGAGCAGGACAAACUCUGUCCCAGUGGGGGACCGAGCGUGGCGCUUCAAAUAAUUCAGAUGGUUACAAUUCCCGGAAUUCGAUAAGUAAUGAGGUCAUAAUCAAUGGGAAAGUCAAAUACAAGGCAGAACGGGCGAACGAUUCAGAUGUGGUGGGCCCGUCAGGAGGUAAUGCUGGAGAGGAAGAUGCGCCGGGAAAAGUUGACGCUUCAUCAGUGAGACCGGACUGUGAAGCUAAAAAGCCCCUGUCAUAUCUGACAGAACUUCUUCAGUCGUCAUUCGCUUUUCAUGACCCGCUGCGUUGGCGAGAGGUUGAGCAGGCGUACACGUAUCUUCAAGGUCGUGUGCCCAGUGCUUCAAAGACAGUCACAGAAGAGCCUGCGAAAAUGAACAAGAGACAAUGGAGUCAAUUGCGCCAUGUUCGGGGUCGUAAAGAAAGCGAAGCUGCAGUUGACUGGUGGCAGGGUGCGAUGAAUGAAGAGGAGGAGUGGGAGGAUUUGUACACCGAUUUCAAGAGCGUCUCUCAUACAUUUGCAUCAUCUUCCAGUGCAACGAUGGCGUCACUGAAGUGGUAG